AUGGACGCAGGGAGGAAGAAAGAGACACGCAAGAUGAAGGAAAUAUCUAAAACUCGGUUGUCAGUGAAUUGCAGUGUAACUGCAAGGAAUCUAAGGAAGAGCGACCUGUGUGGAGUUAUCUUUGGCUGCACGCAUAACACUAUUAACGAAUGUUUUUCCAAACAAUUGUUCGGAUUACCGGCUACACAUUUCUCUUAUGUAAAGAAUGUUAGUGUUGGUUUGCCGCUUUUCUUAUUCAACUACAGUGAUAGGAAGCUUCAUGGAAUGUUCGAGGCUGCAAGCCCAGGACAGUUGAAUAUUGAUCCACGUGGAUGGACUUCAGAUGGUUCAAAUACCCACUAUGCUGCACAGGUCAAGUUUCGAAUCCAGAUGCAUUGCCAGCCCAUGCUGGAAGAUCAGUUCAAACCUGUAAUUGCUGAAAACUACUAUAAACCAAGACUAUUUUGGUUCGAACUAGACCGGGAUCAAACAAAGAAGUUGAUUUCAUUGUUUUCAUCUUCACCGGUCAUUGCGGAUACCUCCCUCCCUAGCAAUAGCAGUCUGUUCAAAGCUUCAUCUGUGCAGGAAGGUGACAGCAUUGAGAUGCCUACAUUAGAAUGGGAUGCUCAUCCUGGCCAGGCCACUGCAGAAUGGGAAUCCCGGCAUGGUCGUGAUCUGUGGGGAGGAGAAGCUCUCAUUGACGAGGAAGUGGCAGAAAAGGAUGAGGAAACAGGAGAUCAUGAUCGAUCUUAUGCUUCUGUCGUGAGAGAUGUGAGGACUUCUUUUCCACAAAAAAAGUGGAGUGAUUUGCUUAAAGAUUCAAACAGUUAUACUGCAAGAAGGAAAGUCGAAGAUUUUAAGACACCAGCUUUAGAACAAAAUCUUCCUAGUUCACACCAGUCCAACAUUAAAUGGGAGUCUUCAGGAGUUGCACCUUGUAUGGAUGGAGGAUGCGAUCUUUCAGAAGCUGCUGCAGAUGAUUUGGGAAUAUAUAAUGACCAACUUGUAAGCUUGGGACCGAAUAGUGAGAGAACUUCAUAUGAAACUGGACCUACUGCUGAUAAAAGAUGGGAAGGUGAAGGUUUUAAGACAGCAGCUUUGCAUUCUCAUUUGGAUGAGUCCAAUUUGCAAUGGAACUCUUCAUGUUUUGCACCCUCUCUUGACAUAGAAAGACAGUUUUCAAAAGUUUCGAUAAAUGAGGGUGCAGCAGAAAUAGGUUACAGGCAAAACAUAAGCCUCAAACCAAGUGGGGAAUGCUCUUCAUUUUCAUCCAUGAAAAGGGAGAUGUUAUCAAAGGAUAAGCAUUGGCAAGGCACUGGGGUACGUGGGAUGUCAUCAUAUGAUAUUUGCUUGCCAGAAGAAGCAAAGGUUUUAGAAAUGGAGUCCUCUGAACUUCAGUGUUUUGUGGCUGAGUUACAGCAAGAAAACAGGGAGUUGAAAUUGUCUCAGUUAAAACAAGUACAAACAAUCAAUUCUUUGGAGCAGGAUCUGGUUGAAUCAAGAAGAGAAAUUCUAAGUUUAAAAGAGCGAAUUAAGAUGUUAGAACGUGGGUCAUUUCCUGAAAUUGGACUUGUUACUGAAAAAGAAGUCAGCUCAAGUGAUGAAUCUCAUUCAGACCUUGAUGAGAAAAUACUUAUUGCCGGAGGAUAUGAUGGUUCUUUGUGGUUACCGGCUUUCAAUUGUUACUCUCCUGCUCGUGACCUUAUGGAAUCUCUUUGUCCAAUGAGUUUUGUACGUUCAAAUGCCUCUGCUGCAAAGCUAAAUGGUGAAGUUUACAUAUUUGGUGGUGCAUAUGGUAAUAUGUGGUACGAUACAGUUGAAUCAUACAAUCUACAAAGCGAUAAGUGGGUUACUCGUCCUUCAUUGAAUCAAAAGAAGGGAGGCUUAGUAGGAGUUUCUUUGAAUCAGAAAAUUUUUGCAAUUGGUGGUGGAAUUGAAGCUCAAUGUUUCUCAGAGGUGGAAAUAUUUGAUCUAGACAUAGGAAGGUGGAUCCCCACUCAGUCAAUGCUACACAAGAGAUCCGCAACUGCUGCAGCAGAAAUUAAUGGCACAAUCUAUGUUGUUGGAGGAUAUGAUGGAAAGGAUUACUUGAAAUCAGUGGAAAGACUGGAUCCUCGAGAACAAUCAUGGACUAGACUUGAGAAUAUGUCCACAAAGAGAGGGUCUCAUUCAUUGGCUGUGCUGAAUGACAAACUAUAUGCUAUUGGCGGCCAUGAUGGAAAUGGGAUAGUUUCAUCUGUUGAGGUCUUUGACCCUCGUGUCAGUUCAUGGAUGAUGGGGGAAUCCUUGAAUGAAUCAAGGAGUUAUUCUGGUGCCGCUGUAAUAGCAGAUUCUAUAUAUGUCAUCGGGGGAUUGAACGAAAACUCCAUAUUGGACACGGUGGAAUGUUACAAGGAGGGACACGGAUGGCAGUUGACAAAUCUUAAAGGCGUUGGGAAAAGAUGCUUCUUCUCUGCCGUUGUCUUGUGAUGUCAGGGAGUGUAGAACAGCAGGUUCUCUUGUACAAAUUUUCAAUAUUGUACAUCUGUCUAUGGUGUUCAUGUUUUAGAGUAGUGGUCUAUUAACACUUGGGUUUUGGCUUUGGUUCCGUUCGAGUUGAAAUUGGACCUACAGGAAUUGAGACGUGUACCGUGUAUCCCAUAACUGGACACAAAGGGCACAUGUCUCAAUCUUAAUAGGUUCAAUUCUAACUGAAACUGGAUCCAAGCUAAAUCUUAAGUUUUGUUACUAACCCUUAAAAAGGUAAGAGCCUUGUACUCUCUUCAGUAACAUACAAAAACCUGGAUUAAGCAUACCAUACAAGCCUGAGAUGGAACAGGCCUAGAUUUAGCCCUCUUUUUUGUAUAAUACUGUACCCCGAUGUUGAGCUGUUACAAAUAGAAGUCUAGUACUGUAGUUAAUAUUCUAGACAUUUGAUGCUGCUUGUCAAUAGUUCGAUUUCAUUAUAAAUCCCUACUUUACUGAAAAUAACAAGCGAAAAAGUUCAUAUUUUCA